GCAUGGCGCCGCGAAGCAGCACCGCCCGCCCCGAAGGCCCCGCGAUAUUCUUUUCUCCCCGACACUCUCAAACUCGAUUUCUCCGUUCCCGUCCUCGUCAGAGUCCCAGUACAGGCGUAGAGUGAAAAUACUGCCCUAUUGCUAAUGCUUGACGAAUUCUCGAAGAUGAGGCGACUCACUCUCGGAUGACCAGGGACUGUUACUUUUUGGCCAGGCUAUUGUACGAGCAUCCGAGACCCUUAGACCUAAGAACGGGCGAGCUAGGUACGGCGUACCUCGAAAGCUAUACUGACUGGAAUCGAUUCGAGUCUGGUAUUGAAACUCCUAGACUAGACGAAUGCAACUUGAGUGUUCCAGAAACCGGAGCGAGGUUAACAAGUCCGUGUCCGUACGAGCGAGGCUCCUCUACCAAAUUACCUCUUUCAUAAGACUCGCUUUCGAUGCAGUACAAUCAUACUACUAGUUAUAUCGGAUAUACCGACACACUAAAAAUUGAUGAUGAUUUUCAGUUUGUAGUGCACACGGUCGACCAGGACUGUAGUACUAGGUGAGUGUCCUGCGAGAACUUGGAAUUCACUUGUGAGCUGUUGUUCAAAUCGAACUAGCAAGCCAAAGCCGCUUGUAUAUGAGACUUCGCAUAGCCUACCUCGCACCCUUCAGCCCUGAUAACUGAGCCACAUUCGUAUUCCACCCUCUAGAUCACUUCCUUGAGACUUGUUUAAACCAAAAACAUUUUCCUCGCAUACACCCUUCUAGGUUCUAUUCUCUUCUACCCCGCGCAGCAGCAAGAGAAAAUAAAAUGCCCCUCCUCGACCUUCCCAACGAACUCCUCACCCAAAUAAGCAAAAGCAUACCUCACGAAGCCGACAUCAAUGCCUUCGCACAAACAAAUCGCCUCCUCUACACCAUCACGAACUCACACCUCUACCACCACAACGCACAGCACAGCGCCAGCUCCACCCUCCUCUGGGCUGCAGCCGAAGGCCGCGAGAACACAGUACGGCUCUGUCUGGAUAAUGGCGCGGAUCCCACUACUUCGAUUGAGUGGAAUGGGAUUGAUGGUGUCACGCCGCUGUAUCUUGCAGCGGCGAGGGAUCGGCUGAGCGUCGUGAAGCUGCUUCUGGGCCAGCAAGCGGUGGAGCUGCGGACGGCGCUGGUCGUGGCGGAUUUACUUUCGCCUGGGGGCGAUCGAACGUUGCUGUCGUGGGCGGCGGAGAAGGGGAGCACUCAGGUUGUGGAGUUUUUGGUCUCGAUUGAUGGUGUUGACCCCGACGCGGAGGAUGCUCAAGGCGCGACGCCGUUGUGGCGUGCGGCGGAGAGGGCGCGUGCAGACGUUGUGCGGGUGCUACUGGGGACCGGGAGGGUGGAUGUGAAUUUUGCGAAGGAGGCAGAGGAUGAAGAGUGGGAAGCUCGGACGGUGCUGUCUGCUGCAGACUGGGCGUUGAGGAUGGUGUUUGAGUAUGGGCCUAACGGCCGGGCGACGGCGGAGGACAGUGAUGAGACGGUCAAGUUGCUUUUGGCGCAUGAGGAGGUGGAGGUGGAGUUUAGACCGUUUCCCGAUCAGCAGACUCGCGCUGGGAACCAUAGGCCGACGAAUAUGGCUUCGUUGCUGUACCAUACGGCGCAGGUUGGCCCAGCUGAGAUAGUGGAGUUGCUUCUUCGGCGAGGGGAUGUGGAUUGUGAUGCGUUCACGGGAGGUGACAGGACGCUGCUCUCAUGGGCGGCAUCUAGUGGACAGGCAGGCGCUGUGCGUGCACUUGUGAAGCAUGGGGCAGAAAUUGACUCAAGAGAUCGCACUGGGAGGACACCAUUAUCCUGGGCUGCGGGGACAGGGUACAGCGAGACCGUGCAGUGUCUGCUUGAGCUGGGGGCAGAGGUAGAUUUGGAAGACUGGGAUGGUGCAACGCCACUAUGGUUUGCAGUCCAAGGCGGCGCAGAAGAUGCGGCAAAGGCAUUGCGAGCUCACGGCGCUGCUAUGCCGAACAUAGAGCCAAGUGAUGUUCCGAGUUUGCUCCAGGACGCUGUGAGCUCGGGGAAUCCCACGAUAGCUGCAUUACUGUUGGAGACCGGGAUCGACCCUAAUGUGCGAGAUAAAGAUGGCCGCACCCCUCUCGCGAUUGCGGCACACGAGGGCCAGAUUUCAAUAGUAGAACUACUAUUGAAUAAGAAAGACGUUGACCCAGACGCGAGGAAUAAGCAAGGCUCCACGCCUCUUCACGAGGCUGUCAGCGGAAGCCAUGUGGGUGCGAUCAAAUUGUUGCUUGCAGACCCCAGAGUCAACAUCAAUAUAAAAGAUUACGAUGGUGAUGACGCCGUGGGAAAGGCAGCGACGGAGUUGCUAGGCACAGAUAAAGACGAGUUUUGGGAGAAGCGAGCGGCAAGCAUGAUGUUGCUCCUCUCUCAUCAGAAAACCAUCAUUGAAAGCGAUAAUGAUACCUUGCCGCUUAUUUUGUGGUAUGCAGUGGAGCAAGACAGCCCAGCUAUGACUGGCUUGAUCUUGAAGCGAUGGGGCAACGACAUCCUGAUGACAGAAGAAGCGGUCAUCGGAGCGGCUGUAAAUGCCCGAAAUGAAGUUCUGGAGCUGGUCUUUGAACAGUACAAACCCGAGAUUACUGAAGACAUCCUCAAGGCAGCAGCAAGAAAUGUGAAGCAUGGUCAAGCUGUGAUGGAAUUUCUCCUUGACCAGCAGAGUGUGCGUAUCUCUGAAGAUGUACUGAAUGCCGCGGUUGCGAAUACAGGCUGUGGAAAGCAGAUCAUGGCACUUUUCGUUGAUCGGCACCAUCGGAUUCAGCUCUCUGAAGCUGUGGUACGGACUGCAGCUAGAAAGGGUGGAGCAGAAAUCAUGGAGUUCAUCCUCGCCCUCAAGGGAGAGAAUUUCGUCGUGACUGAAGGCGUGGUUCAAUCUGCGGCGGGUAACAAAGAGCAUGGAGGCGACAUCUUGUCCCUGUUAUUGACCCGGUCUGUCGACGUCCGAAAUAUCAAGAAUAUCCUCAAAGCCGCGAUAACAAAUGCGGGCAAUGGAAGAAAUGUCAUGCAAGCUUUAUUGGCAAAGUUUGGUGGAUCUUGCAUAGACGAUGAGAUAAUCAACGCAGUCGUUCAACAUUGGAAGACCGGAGAAGCGGUCCUGGACCUUUGCAUCAGUCAAUACAGGGACCAAGGCAGCGCUGUCGAAGCUGUCAUCGAUGCUGCGGCAAGAAACACUAGGUAUGGCUUUGCAGUCGUGCAGUAUCUUUUCGGCCAAAUGAGCCCAAUAUCAAUAAGUCGGAGUGGCCUGUUGACAGCUAUCGGACACUUCGAUAAAAGAGCAUUGACUCUAGUGUCUGAUCACUGUUCACCACCGAUUCAGAUUGACGAUGAGGUGGUCAAAGCUGCAGCAAAAAAUAGGUACGGAAAAGCGGUCGUGGGGCUUCUUCUCGAACAGAACCGAAAAAUUCAACUUAGUAAGGAGAUGUUCAAGACUCUAGAAGGAGAGAAACCCAGUGGAAAAUGGAUAGUGCGCCUCCUCAGGCAACGGGGCGUGAAACCGGCGUGAGUUUGCAGGUUAUUCAAAGGACAUUAUAUUUGAGAAUUAUUCUAGGGUAUCAUAUCAGUAGUGUACAUCGUGAGGGAAAUAAAUGCGGGUGGCGAUCAUUUAUCAACAUCCAUUGCAUCACCCGCGCCGGCUGUGGCAGGUGUUGAUGUUGCGGGCGUUGCAGUCUGGUCCCCGCUCUCUGUCUUCGAAGCUUCCUCCUUCUUGGUAUUGUCACUGUUGCCGCUGGUCUGAGUGCUACUUUCUUUCGCGUUGGGGUUCAGGAACCUCUCCGGCACGCCACGUGCAGCAACCCCCGUGGGCCCAACAUAACACCCAAGCAUGGGGCUCCAGGCAUACUUCUGGGCAGCGGUGUGACGAAUUUCGUGAUAAGCGUAAGAGUUGGCGAAGGGGAGGGAAGUGUCAGGGUCCUUAUAUCGAGAUGGGAGAGAUGUGAUGACGCAAAGCGAGGACGAGAUUUCUGUGCAGCAUAUUAGCAUCGAUGUUUGACAUGGUGAGCUGGGUGAGCAAUCCACGUACUUGUGAGCCUAGGAGGCUUUUUG